AAUUUCGAAGAAGCAAAGUAAUUUUUUUUUUCAAUUUGGUUUUAUUUUACGGAACAUAAAAUUAAUUGAAAAAAAAAAUAUAAUAAAAUAAUUUAAAUAAUUUAAUAUAAAAAAAAAUUAAUAUUGAAUUAAAAAAAAAAUAAGAAUAAUUGUUAAAAUGAUGGCUAAUAAUAAAAAUUUAAUGAAAAUUUCAUUACUAUUAUUAAUAUUAAAUAUUAUAAAAAUAUGUAAUGGACAUGUAGCAUUAACAUAUCCACCAGCACGUCAUUAUGCAUUAGAUUUUUUGGAUAAUUCACGUACAAAAGGUCCCUGCGGUAUGCCAAAAGGUCUUCAACGAACAUCAUUUUUGUCGGGAUCUUCAUUUAAUGUUACAUGGCAUUUAGCCUAUCCACACAGGGGUGGUUUUCGAUUGCAGUUGUUGGAUCAACUGGAUAGACCAGUUUUAGAUUUAACACCACACGUUAAUGGUUCGGAAUUUGUAAGAACAGAUGUCACGGCUCAAUCAUUUCCAGUUCACAUACCAUCUGAUUUCACCUGUCCGAAUUGUACAUUAAGAUUAUUAAGACAAGCUGACGAAUGGUCACAAGAUUAUAGAUUUUGGUCUUGUGCCGAUAUUGAUAUAAAAGAUAGAAAAGAUUUCAAAGAAACUUGUAUGGGUCAAGGAAAAUAUUUUCCAUCAAGAUGUAAAUGUAAUAAAAAUUAUUAUGGCAGUAGAUGCCAAUAUUAUGAUGAAUGUUCAACAAAUCAAGAUUGUGGUCUUCAAGGACAAUGUAUCGAUUUGAAAAGUACAUCGUUACCAAGACGACAAUGUUAUUGUAAUUUAGGUUGGUUCGGUCCGAAUUGUAAUAAAAAAUCACCAAUUAAAUCAACGGAUAUUGAUAUGAGUGUGUAUUCGAAAAAAGAACUUUCACCAGAUUUUCAUUUAUAUUGGAGAAUAAUAGAAGAUCAAAAGGAAAUUGAAAUGGUAAUGAAAGUUAAUAGUACGUCAUGGGUUGCAGUUGGUUGGAGACCUCGAACUCUCACUAAUAUAUGUAAAAAUUUCCCAUUGAUUAAAAAUUUGGAUGAUACAAAAACUUCAUUAAAUUUAAAAUAUCAAACUAAUAAUGAACCAGAGCCAAAUGCUGAACCUGAACCAAAAUCAGAACCUGAACCAACAUCAGAGCCUGAGCCAAAAUCUGAACCAGAACCAAAAUCAGAACCCGAACCUAAUGCUGAACCAGAACCUAAAUCUGAGCCAGAACCAACCUCAGAACCUGAACCAAAAUCAGAACCAGAACCAUCAGCAGAACCAGAACCUAGUACAGAACCGGAACCAAGUUCAGCUAAAUUUAAAAGAGUGGCAAGUCAUAAUGAUGAUGCAACACCAAAAGAUGGUCUUACCGUAGCUACAAGUGUCUCUUAUCGAGUUAGCGCAAAAACUGGCCGUAAAAGGCGAGAAACCGUCACUGAAGGAUCUGAACCAAAACCUGAGCCGGAACCAAAAUCAGAACCAGAACCAACAUCUGAACCAGAACCUAAAUCUGAACCUGAACCAACAUCGGAACCAGAACCAAAAUCUGAGCCAGAACCUAAAUCAGAACCUGAACCAAAAUCCGAACCGGAACCAACAUCAGAACCAGAACCGAAGUCAGAACCCGAACCGAAAUCUGAACCAGAGCCAUCAUCAGAACCAGAACCAUCAUCUGAACCAGAACCAAAUGCUGAACCAGAACCAAAACCUGAAUCGGAAUCCAAUUUGAAUGAAUUUUUACCAAAAACAUUUACAAAGAGUGAUCAUAACAAACCAAAUUUAAAUCCAUAUACACCACGUCAUGAUUUCAAUCCAAUGGAUUGUACUGACAUUGUAAUUGGUAGUGCUCGUGGCUUAACAAGUCGUGUCGGUGAUUAUUAUACUCGUGAUAGAUCAACCCCACAACAUGAUGAAUUUUAUGGCGGAAAAUCAGAUUUAACGUUAGGUACCGGUUUUGAAGAGAACGGUGUUACAACAAUUAUUUUCCGCAAAAAAUUAGAAUCAAAUGAAUUGACUGAUCAUAGUUUGAUUGAUGAUUUGACACAUGUUAUAUGGGCUAAAGGACAAGAAUUAACUAGAUAUGUACAUAGACCACCAUCAGGUUUAGAAAAAGAAAUUUCUUCUGUACCUAAUUUCUAUCAGCCAGAUGAAUUAAAAUAUCAUGGUCAUAAUAUGCAAAGAGGUGCAACACAAAUAAAUUUCUUUGAUAAGAAAACUAAAGAUGUUGAAGAGACAGCUGGUGGAAAUAUUAUUGAUAAUGAAUGUUUCGGUCAUUGGAAACAUCCAAGAACUUGUACAGUUGAAGAACAUAAUUGUGAUUAUUAUGUUCGUUGGGAAACAAUUGGUAAAGGAAAUGAAAUGAGAUGGUAUAUUGAAACAUCAAGUAUACAAACAUGGACUGGUAUCGGUUUUAGUAAUGAUGAUAAAAUGUCACAAACUGACGCAAUAAUUGGUUGGGUUGAUCCGAAAACUGGUAGACCAUUUUUAAUGGAUACAUGGAUUAAUGGUUAUUCUGCACCCAGAUUAGAUGAUAGUCAAGAUACAUAUAAUGCAUCUGGUCGUAUUGAAAAAGGAGUAACAAUAUUAGAGUUUACUAGAAAGAGAGUUAGUGGUGAUGAAAAGGAUCUUUCAUUUACUGAAGAUCAGUGUUUAUAUUUAAUGUUUCCUGUCGUUGGUGGUGCAUUUAAUGCUGUUAGUAAAAAAAUUCGUAAACAUGAACAAAUUCCAUUAGUCACAUCAAAUAAAGUAUGCAUUAAAUCAUGUGGUAAACAUUUAGAAACAUUAUUAAUUGAAUCUCAAGCUCCGGUACCAAAUCGAUUAGUUUAUGCUGCUGGUGUAAGAUUAAUGAAUUUAGGUGAAAGUUUUGAAACCCCAAGAAAAGGAACUGUUGAAUUUGAUGUACUUGCUAGUACAAUAUCAGAUUCAUUUGAAAGAGUUUUAAAUAAUAUUUCUGGAUAUAAUAAAAUUGACGUUGUAGAUUUCCAAAAGGAAGGAACAAAUUCAAUGAUUGCUAAAAUUAAUAUACUCUUAGAUAAGGAACUUUAUGAAAAAUCUAGAAAAUUAAAAUUAGAACCAGUUUCAAAUAAUCUAGAUUCAAAUGAUGAUAUGGAAAAAGAUGAAGAUGGUGGUUUAAUUAUAAAAAGGGCAUUAAGAGAUAGUAUUGCAACAGGAAAAGUUGGCUCAUUAACAGUUGACCCACAAUAUCUCGAUUUUGAGGCUUUAGAAUACAAAACUUCAAAUAAUGACGGAUCGUUUGCAUCAUUCUUUCAAUUAUCAGAAGUAAGAUUAUAUACUGUUUUAGGAUGCAUAGUUGCAUUAGUAAUAAUUGCAAUAAUACAAGCAGCUUGUACAAUUUAUAAAACAUCAAGAAAAAGUAGAAAUCAAAAGGAUCAAUUAAUACCAAAUUCAGCAUGGAAAGAUUAUUCAUCAAAUACAAAUUAUGCAUUUGAUGCAUUUGCUGAAACUGAAGAAAAAAAUGGUAUUGGUGGUGGUAGUGGCGGUGUUAUCGGUAUUAAUAAAUCAUCAAAAUCAUCGAGAAAUCGUGAUUCACAAAGUCAACAAACAACAUUACCAAUGUCACAUUCACCAACAUCAAAAUCACAACAACAAUAUUAUACUGAAAAUGGAAGUACAAAUGGUGGUACAAAUGGUAAUAUGAUGAGUGGUGGUAGUGGUAAUAGACAACAUCAUCAUAUAUCACGUUAUGAAAAUGGUAUGAAUUCAUCAGUACAUGAUAAUCAUUAUAGUAAUCGUCAUCCAAGUGGUGAUCCAUAUUAUAAUCAAUAUACUAGAUCAUCAUAUGCUGAUAGAGCAUAUUCUUUACCAAGAACAUCAGUACAACCAUCACAUCAUCAGAAUCCAAUACAACAACAAGGUUAUUAUACACAAGAUCGUAGAAAUCGUAAUAAUAGUUAUUCACAUCAAAAUGAAUAUCGUACAACAAAUGAUAAUACAAGAGAUCGUAGUAAUGAUAGACGUUAUCAUCAUGAUAGAAGUCAUUCAAAAGCCAGUUCAGCUGGUACUGAUACACCAGAUUUUUAUUUUAUGCCAUCACAAAGAAAAUAUUCUGGUGAAGUGGUGCGAGUUUAUGUUGACUAUAAUAAAGAUCCAAAACAUUAAAAUUGGAAUUUAAAAAAAAGAAAAAAAAUUUAAUAUUUCAAAAUUGUUUUUUUUUUUUUUUUAUUUUAAUAAUUAAUUUUUAAAUUUUUUUUUUUUUUAGCUUUUGUUUUAUAGUUUAUUUGAUUUUAUUUUCAUUUUUUUUAGUGCAAUAAAAUUUAAAAUCUAUAAAAUAUUAAAUUAAAAUACAAAAUGGUGUUUUAAAAAUGAAUACAUUUGUAAUUAAUUUAAAUUAAUUUAAAAAAAUUAAUGA